CGAUACAUAGAUGCAAGCGCAACCUCGGCAUCUAGCAACGCCCAUUAACAUAACAUUCACUAUUAACUAUCAUACUUGCAAGUAGGUAUUAUCUAAAAGGGUUUCAAAUCACUAAAUAAUAAGAAGAUGGCCGCGCCGGACGCAAGUAUAGCUGGUGUCCAACGUCGUGCCGCUGAGAAUCCUCAUGCCCUAUACCAAGCCUUUGAUUCUUAUCCAUGGAUUAAAGAUCGGGUAUUCACUGAACAACUCUCAAGUACUUUGACCAACUCUCAACCUGGCGAUCUCAGUCUUUCUGAGAUCGCUCUCCAGACUCGAAUCCAAAGAUUUAAACAACAAACCCAGAUUGAAGUUGACGGUGGCGCAUAUAACCAAUGGCUUACCCAAAACAACCGCCGGCCCCCAAGUAUUGUAUCUGAGCAGGCAGUUGCGGUAGAAGCAAUGACUAUAUCAAAUCCCGCGGACAGAAAACUGGCACAUCUCCUGGUUGAACUAGGUGAUCCAUUAGGCCAACUCGCUCUUCAACAAAUUACUCCCGAUUCAGCCAAUGUUGAAGUGCCCAGUUGGCAAAGCGCCGCACCGACGGCAGAACUCUUCAUUGAGAAGGAUCCCUCCUCAGCAGACCCUGAUAAGGAGCCAUAUCCUAAGAAAUUCGAGGAAAUAGUGGCGUUUUUACAGACGGGGCAGCCUAUACCUGGAAUAAGACAGAUCCCCGAUACGGUUAUCGAGGACCCGGCGUUCACGACUCAUGGCCGCCUUGCAGCACCACCAAAGCCUUGGGAAACUGGACGAACUCCUUCUGCCGAUGGCGCAGGGAUAUCGACUACGGGAAGCGGAAUAUGAAAUUGAGCAGUAUUUAUUCUUUACCAGGGGCAUCAGCACCCGAGAC